AUCAAGUUGUUCUUAUCUUGUCUUGCUCUGCUGGCUGUCAUCGUUCAGUCCACCUCCUUUGUCGUGCAGAAGAAGGUAAGACUAGUAUGAGAAAUCGUUACUUCCUAGUUGUGUUAAUAAUGGUAAGCUUUGACACUUUUGUAAUGUAGGCUAUUAUUAGCGGCUUGAAAUCUUCAUCUUCCCUUUUGAAAUUUUUAACAAUAAAUGUAUAAAGAGCUUCGUUACUGACCCGUUUUCAGAUUUUCCCUUUUCUUGGUGUUGAUUUUAAUUGCCCCAACUAUUACAACCAGCCGCCGGAUUUGCAGGUUAAAGUUUAACUGCACUACCGCCCUUUCAACUAAAGAAUGUUUCAUUUUUUCGUGACAACGUAUAAAAUUUUUGUAAUUUACUCACCACUUUUUACAGGACUCCGUGAUAAAAUACUCACUGAAGUUGUCGAGCGGCACUGGGGAAGAAUAUGACGAAAACAUCGAAAUUGACGCUGAAAAGGAAACAGAAACGUUUCACGUACCAAAGACUUCGCCUGAUGAAGAAGCAGGAGAUAUAAUCUACGACUUUAAAAAGGUAAUAGAGUUUUAUUUUCACUCUUGGAGGAAAGCGCCGUGUAUAUAAGCGAUAGGGAUUAGCGUCCUUGGGAGUUUGUAACCUGUUUCGGAUAAUUAUGAAUUAUGAACCGAAAGUACAUGAUUCAAAGUGGUCUUAAAAUUCAGCUUUGCAAUAUAAUUGCCUUUGACGUUCGUGCCAUCGCCGUUUUUUUUUUUCAGAUUUCAAGAUUUCUUCGGUCUUUUUUAAGACUUUCAUACUUAAGAUUAAAAAACAAACAAACGAACACCAAAAAUAAACAAACAAGUGAACAAAAAAUACAAAGCAAAACCAAACUAAAACAAGCCAAAACGCAAACGAUUUGUAAAAGAAGAAGACUGAGAGUAAGCAGCCCCAUUUAAGCGACGUUUCUGAUCAUUUUCAAAUAAAUGCUAUCUGAAUAGGUUAAUUAAUGCAUAAAAGAAAGCAGAUUUACUUAAUGACCCUUCCUUAGGGGUCGGGCUAAAGUUCUCAGUAAGAUAUAUUUUUUAAACAAAACUUUUAACUAGUUUAUUGAACACGAUAAGUCAUGCAUCUUAAAUUAAAUCUCAACAGAUCAGUAAAGUUUACUGAAGCGCCAAUAUAAAUCAGUAUUUAAAACCUUUGAACAGUAUCAACCCUUGCCGAAACUAUUCACUAAAAUUAUUUCUUUUUUUUUUCUUUUUUGAUCGAUAAACGAUAUGGCACUUUAACGUGAAAACGUCACUUUGCAAGCAUAAUUUCUUUAAAAUGUUUUUGUCGAGACUGUGAUUUCCACGCACAGCCAACGCUAACCGCCUCAGAGGCUUGGAAUUAGUCCAUGCGACGACUCACAUUGACUCAACAAAACGGCCAAAAUACUCCAUUCACUAAAAUGACGUGAAAGUUCGCGUGACAGUGAGAAUGUGACCUCCAAGGGGUGCUGGUUGUUGAUAUAGAUUUAAUCAUUAUACUUAAUUCCAUUUUUCCAACAGAAAAUGACAAUGAUACGCUUGCCAGCAGCAAAGGCUUGCUAUUUGACCCAUUCAACAGAUGACGCUCUCAAGCCCGCCGACUUAAUGAAAGCUUUAGCAUUGGUAAGUGCCAUAUACAGUUAAAUCAUCUUUGUGAUUCAAGCCAAUUGGAUCGUCAAGAAGUUUACGAGAUUAAAUGCUAGCUCCUAAAAACCAUUAGUUUUCUACCGAGGCUGCCCUGGUGUCUGGAUUCCUAUCGCUUUAAUGCUAGUCUUUCUUUUAUGGUUAGGUACCUGCUAAAACAGAUGGAGGGUUGCCAAAGGCUCGAACUGACAUAAACCUAACAGUUGUAGGAGCUCUUGAAGACCGAUCAAAGCUAAGUGAUGAAAUGGCACGUUUGUGUGCCAAGCUGCCAAUCUACGCAGUGGUGAAAGGAGAC